UGGCUACUAUCUCCUGGCCUCUGCAUAAGCUCUAUUCAAUCGCACCUGUACAGAACGCCAUACCUGGUGGACAUCGUGAACGACAGGAAAGCAGGACGAGUCUUCAAACUGGACUCCAUCGCCAACGGCAACGCCUGGCGCGGAAUGGACGUCCUCAUCUUCAACUCCUGGCACUGGUGGACUCACACCGGCAGAACUCAGCCAUGGGAUUACAUACAAGACGGCAACAAGCUGUACAAGGACAUGAACAGGCUAGUGGCGUACUACAAAGGGCUCACGACGUGGGCCAGAUGGGUGGAUCGCAACGUCGAUCCCCGGAGGACCAAAGUCUUCUUCCAGGACAUCUCUCCAACGCAUUACGACGGCAGGGAGUGGAACCAGCCGUCGCAGACGUGUUCAGGGCAGACCCAGCCCUUCUUUGGGGUAAGGUACCCUGCAGGGAUGCCUCCCGCGUGGGCUGUCGUGAACAAGGUGUUCAGCAGGAUCAAGAUCAGGCCAGUGUACCUUAUGGACGUCACCGGUAUGUCGUUGUACAGGAAGGAUGCUCACCCUGGUUCCUAUAGCGGCCUCCACUCGGGCACCGAUUGUAGCCAUUGGUGCCUUCCUGGCCUCCCUGAUACCUGGAACCUACUCCUCUACUCAGCUUACAUCAGCUAGCUACGAACUCCGAUUCGGAAUUAGAGUCUUACACGAC